AACCGAAGGCAGAGGAACGGGCUUGCUGACACACACACUCUUUGGUCUUAACCGAAGUGGCAAAACGGUAAAAUUGAGAAAAAGCGCGUUCUUUUACGUUAAAAGCGAAGCACAGAACAGAGACGGUGUCGUCGCAACCCAUGCUUAUGUUCUCCAUGACAAGGCGCGAACCCUUUGUCACAAAAACCUUUUUCUUCAUUUCACAUUUCUAAUUCUCUCUCUGUUUGCCCAAACACACAAUUUCCUGAUUAUUCCUCUCACUUCAUUGCUCUAUGAACCCAUCCAUUGAACGGUCACCGCUUCCACUCAUUCGUUUCGGAGUUCCAAAGGAAUAGUAUAUUCUGGAAGCAGUUCCCAUCGGUUCAUGGACCCUGAUGUGAUCGAGAUUCCGCCUCAAACGUCGCAUAACCCUCUCAAUUUGAUGAAGCAGAAAGAGGCCAUUUUUCAUGAUGUGAUUGAUAUUGACGAUGAGGAUGGCUCUCCAGAUUUAGCGUUAGUUGGUGAAAAUGUGGGUAAAGCUUACCGUAACAAGGGGAAGAUGAUUGAAUCCAUUCAUGAUGGUUAUGAUGAUCAUCAAUUUAUGGAAGUGUUUGAUGAUAGAUUUUGUCCUACUGUUAUGGAUAAAUCUGGACCAGGUAGCAAGGUUGAGUCUUCCAAUGGUUAUACACCAGUAUCAGAUGAUUUACUCAAUGUUGAUGGCCAUGGUUCUGACCAUUCAUUUGAUUAUGAUGAUGACAAUGACGAUGAAUAUCCUGAUCUUUUUAUUGAUGAUUACAUGGAUGUAGAUCACUAUGCUUUACUACAGGCACAUUUUGAUAAUGUGGAUAUACCUCCUGGAAUUGAGGCACCCAUUCCUUGGUUAGCAGACUAUGAUCUAGGUUCACAGAAGACCAAUCAUGAUUCAUUGUAUCCUUGGUCUCAUACUCAAUCUGAUGUUGAAAUUUCUCAUGGUACUGACUCAUCCCAGCCUUCAUUGUCAUUACUGCAUACCAACCCUGAAAUCCAAGGACCUUCAGCAGGUAGUUCUAGUUUGCAAAUCAAAAUGGAUGCUAUUAAGCACCCUUCUGGAAAAGAGUUAUCUUCUCCGCCGUUCUUUUCUCAAACUGCCCUGACGAGGAAGAAACCUAAUGCCUCACAACACAGGAGGCAUAAGUUAAAGAUGGCAUUAGGAGUGGAAUCAUCUAAAUCUAAUUUGUGUUUAGGACCUUCUGAAAGUAAAAAGAAACCAAAUAUUGUUUGUACUUCUUUAGCUAACCAUGGCUUUGGAAACAAUUUGGAGGCCAAGCAGCUGCCACAUGGAGGCAAGGCACCAAAUUGGGGACAUUUUGAAAAUUCAAAUUCAAAUAAAGCAGCGGGAAGUAGCAGUUCAUAUCAUUCAAAUUUCAUUGGACCUGUUGAUGGAUCGUUGAAUUUUGCGGGAAUUGAAUUUAUUAACGAUUGGUGGUUGAAGAAUACUAUUCAUUUUCAGUCAUUACCUAGUUAUACAGCAAAUUCAAGCUUUUUUGAUCCCUUUGUUCCGCUUCAUGCCCAAUCGGAGCAAGUGCUUGAUAACUCUUGGGUUCAUAAUUCUGCAAAGCAUGGAAGUAAUGGAACAACUGCAGAUAGUACUGUUGUGACAAUAUCUGAUGAAGCCAGGGAUGAAAUUCUGAGGAAAUUUCUAAACUUCAAACAAUUUGACACCAUUGAAGACACUUCAGACCAUUACUUUGUUCAUGCUAAUUCUUCCAUGAAUCAGCAUUCAAAGAAUUGGCCUAAAAGAAUCCAGGAAGAGUGGAAGUUAUUAGAGAAGGAUUUGCCUGAUUCAAUAUUUGUCAGAGUUUAUGAAUCAAGACUUGAUCUUUUAAGGGCUGUGAUUAUUGGAGCAGAGGGAACUCCUUAUCAUGAUGGUCUUUUCUUUUUUGAUGUUUUCUUCCCCGGUGACUAUCCCAAUGUACCCCCGCAAGUCCACUACCACUCUGGUGGGCUUAGGCUCAACCCAAACUUAUACAAUUGUGGCAAAGUUUGCCUUAGUCUGCUUAACACCUGGUCUGGCCAUAAGAAUGAGAAGUGGCUUCCAGGUGUUUCAACAAUUUUACAGGUUCUAGUCUCUAUACAGGGUCUAAUCUUGAAUACAAAGCCUUACUUUAAUGAGCCUGGAUAUGCACGUCUGAGUGGCUCAGCAGCUGGUGAAAUGAGAUCCCUGCAGUAUAAUGAGGAAAUAUUCAUCCUAUCAUUGAGGACAAUGGUGUAUAUAAUAAGGAGGCCACCAAAGAAUUUUGAGGAUUUUGUUGUGGGACACUUCUGCAGCCGAGCUCAUGACAUUCUGGUGGCAUGUAAAGCAUACAUGGAUGGUGCUCAGGUUGGCUGUUUGGUCAAAGGUGGGGUUCAGGAUGUUGAUCAGGGUGACAAGAGCUGCUCCAGGCAGUUUAAGAUAUCUUUAGCUGCACAUGUGGAUAUGCUUGUUGGAGUGUUUACGCACAUCGGAGCUAAGGACUGUGAGAAAUUCUUGUCUCCAUCAGCUGCAGGGAAACAGUCAUUGGGUGAAUUGCCUAUGGCUGCUACAAUUUCUCAAUGAACCUAAAUUUUGAGACUUGAUAAAGGAUUUUAGUACAUUUAAUUUAUACAGCUGAUAGCAGGUUUAUGUUCCUUUUGUUAAUUGUUGAACUCGUUGUAGAAUAUCUUCUCUUCAUGAACAUUACAUGCACAUAAUUCUGGAUAUUGUAUAUAUUUGCAGAUGAGUAAUCAAUGCAUUGUUAGGAUAUUCCAUAAGACCCUCGUUCAUUUUAUUUUGGCCUGUGUGUUUUGACGCUCAUCU